AUGCAUUUUGGCUUAAAUAAAUGGACCAUUAUUUUUCUGAUCGCAUCAAUCAGAAGAGCCAACGUACAAAUGGCGUAUCCCUUUUAUAUGCCGCCUCCUCCACCACCCAUAAUUGCUAUGCCACCACCUAUGCCUAUCCCAAUAUUCGCCAUCGAAAUACCAGAGCAAACUACCAAAACUACUACAACAACUACAGAAAGAAGUGUGGCUAUAGCAAUACCAAUUCCUGUGCCCAUGCCAGUCCAAGUUGCCGUACCAGCUUAUGGUCCCUCAUAUUGUGUAGCUUCCCCACGCCCGAAAGGCUGUCCACCAUGUCCACCGUGUCUGUGCAUGCCUCAGUGCACUCCAGCAUUCUUUUCCUACUGCUCACCGUGUCAUCAAAAAUGCCGAUGUCGCAGCCCGGGUGAGGCACCCGUGCCUUUACCACCAAUAGCACCAAUGCCUGUACCUGGACCAGCGUAUCCUAUGCCUGCAGCACCGCCAGUAAUGGUUGUUCCGAUGCCUCCAAUUAUACAAUCAAGGCCGAGACGUCGGAGGCCAAGGCCAAGAUCAUGCAGUGAAGAGACCAGCGAAGAGACGAGCGACUCAAGCGACUGUGACUCUAGGCGGAGCAGGAAAUUCAAACGACGAAAACUCAACAUGUUGAGGAAGCGAGACAGUUCAGAUAACGACCGUGAAGUUGUUAGACCUGUGCUGACUUACGUUUCCAAUAACGGGGAUGUCAAAUAUGAGAAGAAAAUAAGCAACAUCGAGGCCGAUCAGCUUCUAGGUAGAGAUGACGGAAGACGGUACCAGACAAUGAAUGUAAUUACCAGAGAGAAUGCAGCGAACAAACAGCAAGUUGUGGUAAUGUCGGAUGAUGGUCCUCGGAGAUAUAAGCAGGUGAUGUUGCGUAAUGGAGUGGCGAGUCAUGUUCUUAGCAGCGGGAAAAAAGAAUUAGUGUUUCAGCCUCCGGACAAUAAGAGAAUUAGCAAUUUAUCAGUUUCGUUCCAAAUAGCAUAG